AUGCAGGGCAAGCUGGUCCUUCACAUAUUUCUCAUUUGUUCGUCUGUCGUGGGAUUCAUUCUGCCGAGCUACUCUCGACCAGAUCUUACACGCAUCGACAAAUCGAAUAAGAGCUUGGAGCGCAUUGAUGGUACUGGCUCACGACACAUCAGCGCGGCGCUGCAGUCGCAGAUCCUGUACUCGGUGAACACGUCGGACCGCGACUCAUCGCGCGUUGCGCCGGCGUGGCAGAGGGAGGGAUUGGCUGGGUUCGGCGUCGGAACCGUGUACAUGUUGGACCGUCCGUCCGUCUCGUUCUCGUUCUCGUUCUCGCAUUUGCUCUUUCAAGCUUUGAAUGCUCUAGAACUAACGAACCAUUUGUUGGAUAAUGUAGUCGAGAUCGGGACUCCGCAGCAGAGAAUCUCGCUGAUACUAGACACGGGCUCGUCCACGACGUUCGUGGACCCGGAUUGCGUUCGCGCCGCGGACCCUGACGCGUGUCGGAAGUACGGGCAUUAUGACACGAGUGCGUCGAUCACAGCGCUCGCUCUGGAUAAAUACUUCGCUGCCCAGUUUGGAACGGGAUAUAUGGAGGGUUCGUGGUAUAAUGAUACUAUUUACGUCGGGCAGGACAAGCUGCCUCUCCCGCGCUCGCGGAUAGGCGUCAAUAUCUGGAGCACAUAUCUGUGGGCGGGGAUCCUCGGGGUGUCGUACGGGAUGCGAUGGAAUACAGCGUAUCCCACGCUGCUGGACCAGUUGGUCCAGCUCGCGUAUAUCGAAGUGCCUAUCUUCAGUCUCGAGGUGGGGAUGCAGGGGAACGGAUCUCUGCAGUCUGGUAGUAUCGUCUUCGGAGGCGUCAAUCGCUGGAAGUACCGCGGCUAUCUUGAGCCAGUGCAGAUAUGGCCCAACCCGUCCGAUCAGAAGGAUCAGCUUCACCAGGUAGGGUACUCGAUCAACUUAACCUCGUUUGGGUUCACUCGACCCGGCCAGUCUGAGGUUACGCUGACCAGCGACGAUUUUGCCCGGACGAUGCUGAUCGACACUGGGUCAACCUUUACAUAUCUCGACGCGGACCUCGUUGCGGCCGUGGCGCAGGCGCUUAAUGCCUGGAUUGAUGAAGAGGGUGUGUAUUAUGUGAACUGUGAACUGCGAUCCGAGGAUGGCUUCGUGAGCUUCGGGUUCAAUCGAGGCAACAUGGUUAUUCGCGUCAGCUAUGCCGACUUUAUUGUCGAUUUCGAUACUUAUUGCGCCUUGGGCGUCCAGCCUGCGGAUCUGGGGGUUGCGAGCUGGGUGCUGGGGAAUAGUUUCAUCCGGGCUGCGUAUAUUGUAUUCGACCAGAUGAACGACGCUAUCUGGCUCGCUCAGUAUAUGACAUGUGACAGUGAUGAUAUCAGCGAUCUGACGGUGAACGCUGGUAGAGAGCUUUGGUUAGAUUAUACGGGCCUCUGCUGGUGA